UCUUGGAGCUCCAUGCGCACGUUAGAACGCAUCGCUUCACUCGAAUUCCUCAUUGUUCCCAAGUUGACACCUUGAGAGCCCCAAAUUGUUAAAUUAUUCAAAAAAAACAGGAAAAAUCCAUGGUUUCAGCCGCAGUUUUAAGCCUCAAUAGCAACCAAUUCUCUCUCCACUGACUGUUCCUCAGUUCAAAAGCCGAAUCCCAAGAAUCGCUAAUUCACUCCCAAAAGGGGAAUAUAUUUUCUCGCUCUGGAAAACCGGAAGGAAAAGAAGGGAGCUGGUCGGAAAAUGGAGGAACUUGGUGGGUCUGACGAGAAUGUUCAAGAACAAGGGGUUUCAGUGAACGAUGAAGGUGUUCCUGUGAGUAAAAAGCGGGGUAGGGGUCGUCCGAAGGUGAAGAGGGAUGAGGGGAAUAGUGAUGCCGUGAUGGCGGAGAAAGGCCAAGAAAGUAGGGGCGAAGAUGAAAAUGGUGGUUGUUCUGUUGGGGAAAGUGGGAAGAAAAAGAGGGGAAGGAAGAAGGGUACUAAGGUUAGGGUUUCUGAAACUGAUACAAAAGAUGAAGAACACGAGGAAGGCCAAGGAGGUGGAGGUGACGAUGAAAAUGGUGGUUGUUCUAAUGAUGAAAGUGGGAAGAAGAGUGAUAGUAAUGUUAGGGUUUCAAAAACAGAUACAAAAGAUGAAGAACAUGAGGAAGGCCAAGGAGGUGGAAGUGAAGAUGAAAAUGGUAAUUGUUCUGAUGAAGAAAGAGGGAAGAAAAAGAGGAGAAGGAAGAGGGGUAGUAGUGUUAAGGUUUCAAAAACAGAUACGAAAGAUGAAGAACAUAAGGAAAACUCAGAUCAAACCAAGUCUAGGUAUUCUCUCAGGGCUGAAAGAGCUAUAAAGCCAGUCAAUACAGAAUCCAAGCCAGUGAGGGGUGCAAGGAAGGAUGAAAAUGGUCAAUUGGUGUCUAAUAUGUGUCAUCAGUGCCAGAGGAAUGACAAAGGACGGGUCGUUCGGUGCACCAAGUGUAUGAGAAAGCGAUAUUGUGUUCCGUGUAUGACUAGAUGGUACCCUAAGAUGACUGAGGAUGAUUUCGCUGAGGCUUGUCCUGUUUGUCUUAAGAUUUGCAAUUGCAAGCGAUGCUUACGUUUGGAUGGACCAAUUAACCUGAAGAAUUUAGAAGUUAAAUACAAUGAUAAGGAAAAAAUUCAGCACUCCAAAUAUAUACUACUAGCACUUCUUCCAUUUUUGAAAAAUUUCAAUUGGGAACAAAUGACAGAGAAGGAGGUGGAGGCUAAGAUUCAAGGUUUAUCAUUGUUACAGACAAAGCUACAACAGGCGAAAUGCAGUAAAACAGAGCGUGUCUAUUGCAACAAUUGCAAAACUUCUAUUGUUGACUUCCACAGAAGCUGUCCUCACUGUUCUUAUGACCUAUGUCUGAUAUGUUGCCGGGAGUUCCGCGAUGGCCACCUACAGGGAGGUGAGGAGGAAGUUAUCAUGCCGUAUGUUUAUAAUGAACUGGGUUACUUUCAUGGUGGGGAAAACUGUUCUGAGUCUUUGAGGAAUACAGAAAAUUCAGAUAUACCUGUUGGAACUAGCAGAGUGGAUAAUGUUAAGUCAGUGUCUGAAUGUACGGCCAAUAAAGAUGGUAGCAUUCCUUGUCCCCUGGGAACCAUGGGUGGGACUUCAAUGAAAACAGAGACUAUAGAUAUACCUGUUGGAACUAGCGAAGUGGAUAAUGUUAAGUCACCAUCUGAAUGGAAGGCCAAUAUAGAUGGUAGCAUUCCUUGCCCUCCAGAAACCAGGGGUGGUUGUGGUCAGGGCAUCUUGGAAUUGAAGUGUAUGUUUGCAGAAGACUGGGUUUCAGAGUUGUUAGUGAAGGCCGAAGAGAUAGCCAAAACUUAUGACCUUAAUGAUGAGCCUGAAAGUUUUCCACAAUGGUGCCCCUGUUCCAAUGAGGCUGGUGAAAUUGACGUUGGCAGUAGUAAUUUAAGGAAAGCAUCUUCUCGAGAAGAUUCGGCUGACAACGAUUUGUUCUGUCCAACCGCUAAAGAUAUUCAACAUGAAGAUUUGAAGCAUUUUCAGUGGCAUUGGUAUAAAGGUGAGCCGGUGAUUGUAAGUGAUGUGCUUGAUACUACAUCUGGUUUGAGCUGGGAACCGAUGGUUAUGUGGCGUGCAUUCCGUCAAAUUACAAAUCUCAAACAUUCCCAGCUUUUAGAUGUGACUGCCAUUAAUUGCUUGGAUUGGUGCGAGGUGGAUAUUAAUGUCCACCAAUUCUUUAAAGGGUAUUUGGAGGGUCGAUUUGACAGUUAUGACUGGCCUCAGAUUCUUAAGUUGAAAGACUGGCCCCCAUCAAGCUUGUUUGAUGAACGCUUACCUCGGCAUGGUGCUGAGUUCACCAGUUGCUUGCCCUUUAAAGAAUAUACACAUCCUCGCUGUGGCUUUCUAAACCUUGCCACAAAAUUACCUGAGGCAACUUUGAAGCCAGACUUGGGACCAAAGACUUAUAUUGCCUAUGGAGUUGCUCAGGAGCUGGGACGUGGGGAUUCUGUAACCAAGCUUCACUGUGAUAUGUCUGAUGCGGUGAAUAUCUUGACGCAUACUAACGCAGUGAUCCUUUCUCGGGAACAGCUUACCAAAGUGCAGAAGUUAAAGAAAAAGCACAAUGCCCAGGAUCAAAGGGAAUUUAUUAAAAAUAGUCAGAUAUUGGACCAAAUAGUUGAGGAGAGGCCUCUGUUGCCAUCUAUGGAGAAGGACAUUUCAUUUUCCUCUGAAAUUAAGUUGGACACAAAUUUUACUGCUGAGGCAUCUAGCUGUUUGCAAGUUUCGACCUUAGAUGGUGGUAGGGAUCAAGGUUUGCCUGCAAAUAUAAAACAGUAUGUUGAUGGUGUCGAAAAGGGCGAUCCAACUGCCGAAGGAAUUGUUAAUGCAGCUUGUCAGCAACAUGGUGAAAAUGGCGUGUCUGGGUUGAACAUGCAAGAUUAUUCAUUAAUGUCUAAGUCAGAAGAUUUUCCGGGUGUGAAUGAAGAAGCCAAAGGCAUGAAUGUUUCUUAUACCCACUCAAGUGGAAACAUGCUAAAUACUGUAGUUAAGGUGGAGGUCAGUUCAGAAGGUGUGGCUGAUGGAGAGAGAGUGAAUGAAAUUGCUGAAGGUAGAGAAAAUGCAAAUGGAUGUGCCCCUUUAGGUGCUUUUGGAACUCAAAACAAAACUGAAGCUAAAAUUGCUGAGACAUGCAGUGCAGAUGAAGCAUAUAAUAAUUGCUAUGGAACCACUGGUAAUGAAUUAAAUGAAGUUGUGUUAGACAAACAAGAUAAAGAAUGUUGUUCUGAUAUACUAUCUGAAGAGAAAAGUUGCGAUGGUGAGACUGACAGAAAUGGAAGAAGAAAGAAAGGUUUUCAGGGUAAGAGGAAGAGAGGGAAAUUGCAUGCAGGUUUGUCUAGGAAGUGUAAGAAGUUGACGGCUGAAAAUGCUAUUACAGAACCUCCAAUAAUAGGAAAAACUGGCAGUGGUGAAGAAAGUCACAGGGAUUUUAUCUGGGGAAAUGGUGAAACUGAUGUUUCUGAUGCACAAGAAUUUACUAAUGAGGCUGAAGCUUCUGAAACAAGUGGAGAGGCAAAAGUGGAUCGAGAUGAUAUCAUGAAGAAUGGUGGCCCUGCAGUUUUGGGAAAGGAUUUAGAUGGAUUUGAAAAUGCAGACGGAGGUGCUGUCUGGGACAUCUUCCGGAGACAAGAUGUUCCUAAGUUGCAGGAAUAUCUAAGGAAACACUUCAAGGAAUUCAGGCAUAUUUAUUGUUCUCCAUUGCAGCAGGUUGUUCACCCUAUUCAUGACCAAACAUUUUAUUUGACGCUAGAACAUAAAAGGAGGCUCAAGGAGGAAUAUGGAAUUGAACCAUGGACUUUUGUGCAAAAACUAGGGGAUGCAGUUUUUAUACCGGCUGGCUGUCCCCAUCAAGUUAGGAAUCUGCAGCUGAAUGGUGGAUUCAUUAUGGCACAUAUGCUUCUGAACUUCAAAGAAUUGCAAAGUGUUGAGCCAAACUACAUCAUCCUCUAAUUUUGAGCAAAAUCGGAGCUUUUUGUACAAACACAAGGAAUAGGUUGAAAUAUAAAAAAUUAAAAGAGCAUGUCUAUGUUUAUUACAACGAGGCUGAAGAUCAGGCAUGCCACAAGGAGAAGCCAAAGAGACAGAGGCUCAUUUUAUCCAAUCAACUUGGAUUAUAUUUUUGAAGAAGAUGAGCCAUUAGCUUGUGGUUAAAAGAGAGAGAACAGCCAAUAUUAGAUGGGCAAGACAAUUAUGAUUAACUAAUCCUUAAUGAUGAUGAUCACGAUGAUGCAACUAGUCAGGCACAAGGGAAUGUGCAACAUUCUUGUCCUUCUGCAAGUGGAUCUGAUGAUGGUUUGAGUCCACGUAGUUGUAGUCACACACUGAUACCAAUUCACUCUUUGAUGAGGGGGCAAUGCUUGUGGUGGCCAACAUGAAAUUGGAGUGUCUGGACAUGGUGAUAGAAGCAGUUCACCUUUGGGAUGCAUAGCUUUGGUGAUAAUGAAGAAAUUGGUGAAGUGCAAUAAUUUCCACAACAUACUAAUAUAGCUGAUAUGAGGAGACGUCGUCGUCAUUCAUCAAAUGAUACAUUUAGGAGAGCUUGGAAUUAGAGAAUCUAAUUGGAUUACUCAGUGUUAUCAGAGGCGAGCCUAAGUGCUAAGCGAGGCGAGGCGAGGCUUUAGCGCUUCACGCACCCUGAGGCGAGGCAAAAUGGUGAGGCGAUGAAGAAACGCCUGAAGCGAGGCUUAGGCGAUGAAGCGUGAGGCGAAACGAAGUGACGCUUCGCCUGUUUUUUGCCUGAUUUCAGUUUAAGUCAUCUGGGCCCUUCAUCAACUCGUUCGACUCAUCUGGGCCCUUCAUCGACAAAGUUAAUUACUUUUAUAGUUGCUUUCUACUAAAUGUGAAGUCCAAACCCUAGAUCACAGUCGUUGCAGUUGAGUUCACCUCCUGGGUCGACAUUGAAAGGCAUACCGAAGUCGACUUCACCUCCUGGGUCUUCGUCUUCCUUCUUCGGACGUCGUUACAGUCGUGUAUAAAGGUUGCCCUUGACUUUGUGUCACCUGAAAAUGUUCAUGAGUGUGUCCGUUUGACAGAGGAAUUCCGUGUACUUCCAAAUAAUCAUAGGGCUAAGGAAGACAAGUUGGAG